UAAACCAUCACUGGCACGAAGACACCGGUUCCUUAUUUCGUAUCGGAGCGGGCUGGCACUGGUUUGGAAGGCAGGUCUAAGGAUCUGGGGGAUACUGGAACACUCUCCUCGUUCAUUCGCACCCACUCUCCUCCCCACACUACUGUAGCAGUACAGAAGCCCAACAAUCAGACAGCUGUCGCGCGCUACAACACCAAUGCCGGGACACCGCGCGCGCAGUCAGUUCUCUCGCGCACGGACGUGACCGCAAGAAUGGACAAAAGGAACUAUUUCACCGUUCUGCUGCUCGCUUUACAUCUUCAAUUCACAUUUGGAGAGUUCUUUCCAGGUGCAGAGACAGCAAAUCACAAAGACGGAGGCAGCUGUUCGUUUGAAGAGCACUAUAGUAAUUGCGGGUACAGCGUGGCAUUGGGGACUAAUGGCUUCGCCUGGGAGCAAGUCAACACCUGGGAGAGGCCGUCCAUUGACGCCGCCGUUCCCACAGGUUCCUUCAUGAUGGUGAAUGCUUCAGGUCGUGCAUCAGGUCAGAAGGCCCACCUGCUUCUCCCCACACUAAAAGAGAAUGAUACCCACUGCAUCGACUUCCACUACUCCCUGUCCAGCCGGGAUGGGUCAAGUCCUGGAACCCUCAAUGUCUACAUAAAGGUGGAUGGUGGACCGCAGGGGAACCCCAUCUGGAACGCCUCGACUCCAGUCACUGAAGGCUGGGUGAAGGCUGAACUUGCCAUCAGCACCUUUUGGCCCAACUCCUACCAGGUGAUUUUUGAGGCAGUGUCUGUACAAGGGCAUCCUGGGUUCAUCGCUGUGGAUGAGAUACAUGUAUUGGCCCAACCUUGCCGCAAGACGCCACAUUUUCUGCGGCUGCAGAAUGUUGAGGUGAAUGUGGGACAGAACGCCACCUUCCAGUGUAUUGCUGGAGGCAAAUGGUCACAACAUGACAAACUCUGGCUUCAGCAAUGGAAUGGCAAAGACACAUCUCUCAUGGUAACUCGUGUGGUGAACCAUCGGCGAUUCUCAGCCACUGUUAGCGUUACGGACACAUCACAGCGCAGCACCAGUCGUUACCGCUGCGUCAUUCGCUCUGAUGGGGGGUCUGGAGUGUCCAACUAUGCUGAGCUCAGUGUCAAAGCGCCCCCCACACCCAUCGCUCCCCCUGAGCUUCUUGCAGUUGGUGCGACCUACCUGUGGAUUAAGCCGAACGCCAACUCCAUCAUUGGUGACGGCCCCAUCAUCCUCAAAGAGGUGGAGUACCGCACCACCACAGGAAACUGGGCUGAGACACAUGUUGUGGACGCACCAACGUACAAGCUCUGGCAUUUAGACCCAGAUGUGGAGUAUGAGAUUAAGGUUCUGUUGACCCGACCUGGAGAGGGUGGCACAGGACCACCAGGGCCACCUCUCAUCACUCGGACCAAAUGUGCCGAUCCAGUCAACGGUCCCCUGAAUGUGAACGUGGUGGACAUCCGCGCUCGUCAGCUGACCCUGCAGUGGGAAACCUUCGGGUACGCGGUGACACGCUGCCACAGCUUUAACCUAACUGUACAGUACCAGUAUGUCUUCAACCAGCAGGAGUUUGCUGCUGAGGAGCUUAUACCUACUUCUUCUCAUUACACUCUGAGAGGACUUAGGCCUUUUGUGACGGUCCGGCUACGACUGGUUCUGGCCAAUCCUGAGGGCAGCAAAGAGAGUGAGGAGAUCGUCAAACAGACAGAGGAAGAUGUUCCUGGCGCCAUUCCCAUGGAGUCCAUUCAAACAGGGCCCUAUGAGGAGAAGAUCUUCAUGCAAUGGAAGGCCCCCAAUGAAACCAAUGGAGUCAUCACUCUAUAUGAGAUCACCUAUAAGGCUCUUAGCUCUCUGGACCCCACCGCUGACCUAUCUACACAACGUGGCCGGGUGUUCAAACUCCAAAAUGAGACCCAUCAUCUCUUUGUGGGGUUGUAUCCUGGUACCACCUACUACUUUACUCUGAAGGCCAGCACUAACAAAGGCUUUGGCCCACCUGUGACCACCCGUAUAGCCACAAAAAUCGCAGCUCCGUCCAUGCCUGAAUAUGAGACAGACUCUCCUCUCAAUGAAACUGACACGACAAUCACUGUCCUCUUAAAACCUGCCCAAUCACGAGGAGCCCCUGUCAGUGCCUAUCAAGUGGUUGUCCAAGAACAACGAAAGCAGAAAGUUCGACGAGCCACUGAUGUUUUGGAGUGUUUCCCAGUCCCUGUUAGCUUCAGAAACGCCUCCAUCUUGGAUUCUACUCACUACUUUGCGGCCGAACUCCCCCCUGUUAGCCUUGCUGUGGUUCAGCCCUUUACUAUAGGAGACAACAAAACUUAUAAUGGCUACUGGAAUGCACCACUGUCACCAGCCAAGAGCUACAGUAUUUACUUUCAGGCCAUGAGUAAAGCCAAUGGGGAAACCAAGAUCAACUGUGUGCGACUAGCUACCAAAGUGGUAAUAGGUAGGGGACAAAAUACCACGCCCUACAUACUUGUCAUUCCCAGUGAAGGUGCCUCCACCCAGAAUUCCAAUGACAUAGAGCCUGAAAAACAGGUGGACGGAACUGUAAAGAUGGCUGGCGUCAUUGCUGGAAUCCUCAUGUUCGUCAUUAUUCUCCUGGGCGUCCUCCUCACCUUCAAACGCAGAGAAAUCCACACCUGGAGAACUCUAAGUGUGGGGAAACUGGCUAAAAAACAGAAGGAGACAGCCAGCAGUAGUACGCAGAGAGAGAUGGGACCCGUAGGCACAGCAGAUAAAAACACGGGGAAAGUCAGCACCCUACACAAGGACGACCCGUUCUCCACCAGCAACCAGGAUCUCAACGGAUUCUCCUCCUCGUCUCCAUGCUCCUUCUCUAUUCAGGGUAAAGCCCUCCAGAGUAAAACCCUCCUCAACUCUUACUACUCAGUUUCUAAGGAGCCAGUCCCUGCCACAGCAUCCAUAGAUGGCAGCCACAGUGAGAUGUCCCAGCCCUCAAUGACCAUCCAGACGUUCCCAUAUGGAGGCUGUGAGUCAGUUGAGAUGUCCUACCAGGCCGGCCAGUUCCAACCAGCCAUACGAGUGGCAGACUUGCUCCAACACAUCACCCAGAUGAAGUGUGGCCAGGGUUACGGGUUUAAAGAGGAGUACGAGGGUCUGGCUGAGGGACAAACAGCCCCAUGGGAAACGGCCAAAAAGGAUGAGAACCGCAACAAGAAUCGCUAUGGCAACAUCAUCGCUUACGAUCACACUCGCGUCCGACUGCAACUGCUGGAAGGAGACCCCCAUUCUGACUACAUAAACGCAAACUAUAUAGACGGCUACCACAGACCAAGGCACUACAUAGCCACACAAGGCCCCAUGCAGGAAACAGUGAGAGAUUUCUGGAGGAUGAUUUGGCAAGAGAAUUCUGCCAGUAUCGUCAUGGUAACCAAUCUGGUGGAAGUGGGCAGGGUGAAAUGUGUUCGGUACUGGCCAGAUGAGACCGAAGUGUACGGAGACAUCAAAGUGACGCUGAUCGAAACGGAGCCCCUUGCCGAAUAUGUGAUCAGGACCUUUACUGUUCAAAAGAAGGGUCAUCACGAGAUUCGGGAGAUCCGGCAGUUCCAUUUCACCAGUUGGCCUGAUCACGGCGUUCCCUGCUAUGCCACUGGCCUGCUGGGCUUCAUCCGACAGGUCAAGUUUCUCAAUCCUCCGGACGCAGGGCCCAUUGUGGUACAUUGCAGUGCUGGUGCAGGAAGAACAGGCUGUUUCAUUGCAGUGGACAUUAUGUUAGACAUGGCAGAGAGUGAAGGAGUGGUGGACAUCUUCAACUGCAUCAGAGAGCUGCGCUCACAGAGAGUCAACAUGGUACAGACAGAGGAGCAGUAUGUGUUUGUGCAUGAUGCCAUUCUAGAAGCGUGUUUGUGUGGGAACACAGCGAUUCCAGUUUGUGAGUUCAGAGCCAUCUACUACAACAUCAGCAGAUUAGACCCUCAAACCAACUCCAGUCAGAUCAAAGAUGAAUUUCAGACUCUGAAUAUAGUAACACCUCGUGUUCGUCCAGAGGACUGCAGCGUGGGAUUGCUUCCACGUAACCACGAUAAAAACCGCAGCAUGGACGUCCUCGCAGUGGAUCGCUGCCUGCCUUUCCUCAUUUCUGUUGACGGCGAGUCGAGCAAUUACAUAAACGCAGCGCUAAUGGACAGCCACAAACAGCCAGCAGCCUUUAUCGUAACGCAGCACCCGCUACCCAACACUGUGGCUGACUUCUGGAGGCUAGUUUUCGACUACAACUGCUCAACCAUCGUCAUGUUGAAUGAAAUGGAUGCUGCACAGCUCUGCAUGCAGUACUGGCCUGAGAAAGGCUCCUGCUGCUACGGCCCCAUUCAAGUUGAAUUCAUAUCUGCUGACAUUGAUGAGGACAUUAUCAAUCGCAUUUUCAGGAUCUGCAACAUGGCACGGCCUCAAGACGGCUAUCGACUGGUGCAGCAUUUCCAGUUCAUUGGCUGGCCGGCGUACAGAGACACACCGCUGUCCAAACGGUCCAUUCUGCAGCUGGUCAGACGACUGGCCAAGUGGCAGGAGCAAUAUGAUGGAGGAGACGGCCGCACGGUAGUCCACUGUCUGACUGGUGGAGGACGUAGCGGGACCUUCUGUGCCAUCUGUAGCAUCUGUGAGAUGAUCCAGCAGCAGAACAUCGUGGACGUGUUCCACACAGUGAAGACGCUGAGGAACAACAAAGCUAACAUGGUGGAGACAAUGGAGCAGUACAAAUUCUGUUAUGAGGUGGCUCUGGAGAGCUUGAAUUCCUUCUAAACAUAUGAAAGGUUGAGACCAGGUGAAGAAGAGAGAAAAACAAGCCAGGCAAUUUAAAAAUGACAUCUCAACUUAUCACAGACUGAUCCUCUGGAAUGAGAACAGGAGAGAAAAGUUCAACUCUCGGCUCGGGUUCAGUGUAAAAUACUGUAUAAAUAAAACAAAACCUUUUUUUUGCCCUUUCUUUCUUCUUCUGUCAAUGUCCAGCAUCAGAGCGUGUACGUAUCCUGGACCGUGAAGUACAGUCUUUUUCUUUUUUAGCUAUACGCCUUGAAUGUUAAACCCUAUCAAUGGUGAAAAAAAGGUUCUUUCUACAUGCCAGCUGGGAAUUACCAAAUAGACUUUCCCUGAGCUAUAUGUACAGAUUUAAAGAAAAUACAAAAAACACGACAAAGCUUAAGCGAAUUUGCAGGGAAACACAGGACAGAUAUUUUUGUUAUUCUGAUGAUUUUGUGGUUCCUCUCUUUGGUGCAUUUUCUCUGCCUGAUAUAUCAUACAUGUAUGCAGUUUGCCUACAGACCAACAUACCAAUGUUCCGUUCAUUCGAAGGUUUUAGCUUUUGGGUAAUUUGUUCUAGUGCUAUUUCUGUUUCUUUUCUUUUAGUAUUUGUUCUUUAUAAAAACAGUUGUUGCCAUUUUGGUUUUGUCUUUCUUGAUAUAGGCAGUGAAUGUUAAAGAUUAAAAGUGUAUCUAGAGUAUUUUCUGUUUUGUCAUUUGCACUAUACGUCUUUUACCUCCAAGGCUGAAUCGCACGAAAACUGUCAAGAACGUGUCCAGGUCAUGUUUCACCCCAAAAUUAUAUAUAUAUAUAUAUAUAUAAAUGAUACUUUGCAUAAAAAAAGAUAAGCCUAUUUUCGGACCAUCAAUAUUUUGACUAUUAAGCAGGCACCCCCUAAAUUCACAGUAAUAUAAAUAUAAUUUAAAUUGCAAAGUACGUGUGUAAAGUACAAUUGCAAUGGGAUGGUAGAAUUUGUUGUAUUGAAUUGAAUUUAUACUUAUUUUAAUCAAACAAAAUGACUGAUUAUCAUUUCCACGGUAUUAGAGUAAUGAGAAUUAGAUUUAGUUUUUCAUGUUAUAGUACUAAAUAUUUAUUGAAAGUUUUUUUUUUUUUUUUUACGGUAAUGAAAAUUUGUGAGAAAAUGUGCUGAAUUGUCAUUAAAAUAAUGUCACAAUGCAAAAAAUCUUAACGGUCCAAAAAAUUGAAAAAUGUUACAAAUUUAUGCAAAAUAUAAUGUCUUAUUUUUUCUUUUGAUUUUAAGGGCAAAAUAUGAAUCGGGUAUUUCUUUGUGAGAUUCGUCCCCAAGUCUAUAUGUAUUUGUAUAUCCUGUUGCAUCAUUUGAUUUGAAGGGCCAUAUUCUGAUGUUCAAACAUUUAACGGUGGAAAGACUGCCACCAAAUCACAGACAAGAUGCAUAUUAGGAACAUUGUGCACGCAACAGUUUUUACUAAUAAAAUAGCUGGCAUUGCAACAAAACAACUCUUUGCUAAACUAGUAUUUGGUUCAGUGACUCCUUAAGCUUUGAAAAGACUAUCCCUGGCUGUCUACAAUUUUCAGUGUAAUUAAAACAAAAGCAAAUCAACGAGUUGUAAAUCCAAGAGUUUUGCACGAAAACUGUGACAACUGUGAUUUCUGUUUCUUGAACUGCUAAAACAUGUAUUUUGAAGAAUAUGUGUUCUUUAGAAUGUUUUGCUAAAAAACAGCCAUUACACAAUGGUUACGGUUCUUACAACCUAAGUUUUUUUGGUUAGAAAUGCUCUAUUUAGAGUGAAAGGAAAAGAAAACUAUUCUGAUUUGUAACAAUUUUUUGUCUUUUUUUAUUAUUAUUUUCAUGAAUUCACUGCCUGCUUUUUAUUUGACUUUGCUAUACAUGUAUUUGUACAUUUGUUUGUUCAGUUAUUAUUUAUCAUUUGUUUGUCUAGCAAAGUGGUAUGUAGAGCUGGUGAUUUAAUUGUCAUGGUGGUUCUGUUGCUUGGAAUUGUGAUAAGAUUAAUAAAGGGACCAAAUGUUGAACAGCAACUUUACAUCAGCACUGAAAUUCUGUUCUUUCUUUGAAUCUGUGAAGGUCGAGUUUCCCCACAAAAGAGUG